UUACUACUAGUAAGGCACCUGUUACUACUAGCGUGGCACUUGUACUAGCGUCCGCAAGCCGGGCUCAAGGACGGUGUUUGAACAGUUCGAAGGACGGUCUCGGACUCUCGGAUCGGACCGAGUCGAACCGUGUUUCGGGUGCCAUGUCGGCAGAGUCGAGGUGAAGAUGCCCAUCAAGAAACACAUCAGGCCCGGCAAGAUCGAAGCUAGUCCCAGCGGUGAUGCUUUGGUGGUAAAUUUCACCUCUGAAGUGACUCACCUUGACGAGGAUGGCAUGCCCAUCAGUGUAGAGAAGACGCUGGAGAGACGUGAAGUUCCUCUUGGCCAAGCCAUGCGAGGACUCACAACAGAGGACAUCAGAUCUUUGGCACGAGAGAUCGUUGAAAAGUGCCGAUAUAUUCCAGAGAGUAAGCUUUCUCAGGUGGAGAAGGUGCUCAACAAAAUCUAUGCACUCCAAACAGAUGUGCCCUUCAAGGACUUUGGCGCAGGUGCUACAAAGUCUUCUACAAACCGCACGACAGGUGAAGACUCGGUCCUACCAUCGCAGCUGGACGAUUUGCUCCCCUUUGCAUCAGCUCGAAAUGUGGAUGAUUACAUUGAAGAGUUGUACGAGGAACAGAUGGACCGAAAGGUCAGGGGUGCAAGAAAGCUCUUGCGAAUCUGCACAGAGGUUCCAGUCUUGGACGAAAUGGCAGAGCACUCCACUCUUCUUGGGGUCUUGAGCAGAGAGUUGCGGGAAAAUGCCAAGCGAAGUUACGAACUGGCGGUUGCCAUCACAGGUAUAUUCCUGAUCUUUGCAAACUUCUCCCGAUUCCACUCGGCACUUUCCAAGCAUCAAUGCGGUGAGGUUACCAUGCAUAUUCUCGAGUACGAAAGCAAAAGACGCAACGUCCUUGAGAAGGAAGGUGGAUGCCGAGCCUUUUUGGAUCGGCAGGAUCACUUGCUGCAGAUUUGCAUCUUGGUAUUGCGGUCAAUGUCUGAGGAGGUUUCAUUGGAGAUCAAAUUUGUGAAGCAAAAACUUUGCCAAAUGCUGCCGCCCUUACUGAGCAGACAACAUGAGGACCUUUUGCUAAGCACCCUAAGUUUGCUCCACAAGCUGGCGAUCUUUGAGCAAAACAAGGACCAGCUGAUAUUGGAAAUGCCGUGCUUUGUCGAACUGUUGGGCCAUCCAGCCACCGAGGUCUUCAACAUGGCUCUUCGUUUGUGCUACAACCUUUCAUUUGAUGCCAGAGGCCGCGCUGCUCUCACUGAGAGCUCUGUGGUUCCUCGUCUCAUGCAUGCUGUCCAGCAUGCUGGCACCCGCAAGGUGGCUCUGAAGUUGCUCUACCACAUGACCUUAGAUCCACAAACCAGGUCUGCAGUCAUCCGAUCUUCACCGCACCUUCCGUCAUUGGCAAUGCAGCUGGCUCGGAGCAAAGAGCAGGAGCCUGAAGCUGUUGCCUUGCUAGUUAACCUAGCUGCUGAUGAGGCCGCUGCUUGUCUUCUUUUGGCCGAAGAUUCCUUCAUGGCCAUGGCACUCCGAGCCAUGAAACACAAAAAUGCGCGCAUGCUCAAGGUACUUCGACACAUCGCAUCACACAGAGCCAGCAGACCAAUAUUGCUGGACGUAAUGGGAGGUGAUAGCGAUAGUUCCAGUUAUGCUUGGCUUAUUCAGUUGGUGCAGCUGGUGAAGGCCACUGCAACAGACAGGCAUGAUAUCCUGGUGGAAGUGCUGGGCAUUCUGGCAGCUUUGGAUUGCAGUGAGGUCCCAUGGACAGAGCUUUGCGAAGCAGGGCUUUUGGAGACGCUCCCGAGGCUUUUGAUGGUUGGAUUCGCGGAGGAUGAUGUGGUUCUCGAGGCUGUGAUGCUGCUGAGUAUCCUUGCUCUGGACGCAGCAGCUGUACUGGCCAACUCGAAGGUUGUGGCUUUGCUGGGUGAUUUGCUCGCCGCGAAGUCUGGAGAUCCCGAUUUGCUGGUGCAACUUCUCUUUUUGGUACAGUGCCUGGUGGUCAACGAUGACACACGGGAUGUUGUUUUGGACGCUGACGUCACCUUCCACAUCAUGGAAUUGCUACGCUCUUCCAAGGUAAAAGAAACCGCUACCGCUUGUAUUGACCUCUUGGAUCUUAUUUUGGCUGUCGAGUCUCACAGUAAGACGCGACGCUGGACUCGCCAGAUUCAGGAGUGCAAGUUCUGGCUGCACAAUCAAGAGUGGCUCGUUGCAUGCUCCAACCCCAGCCAGGAGGAAGGAUCUUCAUCUAAGCCAAGCCCAACGAAUCCAGGUUGGGGUGCAGAAGUGGAUCCACGCGAAGAAAAGAAGAGCAGGCGGAGACGAGGAAGGUGAACUUGUUGCUGAGGAGCCCUCAAGCAAUUCAGAGCUAAAGCCUUGAUGGGUGUGAACAUCUUUCAGAUAUUCCGCACGAAGUGAAACAGAUCUCUCAGUGCGUAGUUUUUGAUCUGAAACAGAUCUCCGAAGUGAAGAAACACUUCGCAUUGCAUUCUAUGCAGAUGCACUUAGAGAAUUGCUU